AUGGCGGACGACAGCAACACCGCCGGUGAAAAAGUAGACUUGAUAAGCACUUUACCUGAUGAGAUCCUACAACAUAUCCUCACCUUAAUUCCGAGCAAGUUCGCCAUUAGAUCUUCCAUCUUGUCAAAACGAUGGAGGCAUGUAUGGUGCGAUACACUUUCUCUUUCAUUCGAUAGCAAAUAUGAAGUAUAUGACACUGAUUCUAUAAACGAAACCCUAACUCGCUACACAUCUCGCAAGAUGAUGAAGUUUCACCUCCAUACCUGGUAUAACGGCAACGAUCAAGAGAUGGACAGGUUGAUCAAGUUCCUCAUGUCCCGUAACGUGGAGAAUCUAUUGUUGGAUAUAUUUAAUUAUAAUCGCGUUGAGUAUAAGAGUCCUGAUGUCUUGUACAUGAGUUCUUCUCUCAAGCAACUCACCUUUAAGUUCAGUUGUAAGAUGGUGAUUCCCAGAUGCUCGGUGGUGUCUUGGACAUCUCUGAAGAAGUUGUACCUAGAGGAUUGUGCUCUCUCUGCUGAAUCCAUGGCUGCGAUUCUAUCUGGUUGUCCGGUUCUCGAGAGCUUAACAUUGUAUAUGUGUGGUGAACUGAAGGUUCUUGAUCUCAGCAAAUCAUUGUGUCUGAGAACACUAGAAAUAUACCCCUACAGUUGGGUUCCGGGGCCAACACAGAUUCUGGCACCACAUAUACAUAAUCUCAGAUUGACAAUAAACUCUCGUUUAGCAUGUACUUCUUUUGAUGUCUCGUAUUUAGCCGAAGCUAGGCUGGAGAUUUGCAUUUUCAUAUUGAACAACGUCGAGGCUGGUUUCCUUCAAGACGUGGUGCUAAAGAUGCUAGAAAAGUUGCAGAAUGUAGAGAAGCUUACUCUUGGGGGAAACUUUCUUCAUAUUUUAUCUUUUGCCGAGGCUCGUGGUGUUCCCUUUCCUAAGUUGAAGGUGAAAGAUUUGACUCUCGACACAGUUAUCUUUCAAUAUGUUAUUCCUAGUAUAGAAAGACUGUUGCAAAACUCACCUGAUUUAAAGAAGCUAACGGUACGCGUAAAGAGCACCAACUCCAUACGGCAGGACUAUGCUCUAGACGACUACUUGGAGUUGCAAGGCUUUAACCCGGAUCAAUGUUGGAGGUCAAAAGAUGGGGCCUGUUUUAACAAGAUCGGUUGCUCUAUCGAGCCAAAGCACGUGACUUCACUGUUGGAACUCGUGCUUAAAAACACAAAGACAUUAGACAAUAUAUCCGUAAUAUUUGAUGAACGUUACCCUUCGUUUAAGUUAGAAGAGUACUUAGUCAUGAGCAUUAGCGAGGGUUGUGACCCUGUCAACAAAUUAUACUACUGCGAUAUGACUUCAUUUGCAGGAGGUCUUAAGAGUUUCAGAGGAAGCAGCAGUUUUCUUCCAUUCAUUAAGCUUGUUGACAAUUUUGACGCGCAAUAUAGUGUUAUCUCUAAUGAUGAGACUCUAUUUACUUUCUUGACAAAUAAAGAUUCCCCUAAGUACAAAUUAGUCCGGGUUGAUCUAAAGGGACCAAACAAUUGGACUAAUGUUGUUGAAGAACACGAGAAGGAUGUCCUAGCAUCACCUUGUGCAGUCAAUGGCAAUCAACUGGUCGCAUGCUACAUGAGUGACGUAAAGCACAUUCUGCAAAUUAGAGACUUGAAAUCUGGUUCCUUGCUUCACCAAUAA